GAGUUGUGAGUCUAGGUACCAGGCUUCUAUGAACACCCUAACAACACAGACGCCAAGGUUAUCACAGGGGAACAGUUGUUGGCCACAAAUUAUAUCCAAAAUGUGUGGUGCUUUGUUGUAUUCAUACUACAUGUACACUAGCGAAGUUUGAGGAAUGGACUAGAUAUUAAGCUUCUCUUGUCAGAAUUUAACUGUGACUAUAGUGUUCGGACAAGGGACUUCACAGUGCACAUCACGAAUGUGUCCAAGGAUUAAAGUCGGAAGAAUGACUAAGUCGACUUUGAAACAACCAUUACAUCCUGCAAGUUAACCGUGUCUCGGAGUAAGAUGAUGGGACGUCUUACUUUCUUCAUUGGUUGUGCUCUUUAAACAUCAGCCUCGUGGAUCUGGAUUGGAUGACUUGUUAUACAGUUUGCAGUCGCCUGGAAAUAUUAAAACUGGAUGCCGAAGAUCUUGCUGUGCACAUGAAGUACAUGUACAUGUAACUUGAAGCGAGUUGGACAAAUUUCCUCUGAAGAAUUAAGGGAUUGUGAGAAGUGAAACAUCCACAGUGACAGGAGUCUAAAGUUGCUAUGGAUACCCCUGCAUUAUCCAUCUGCAAACAUCUCUGCUCAUCCAUUGAUUCUGUUGCCCGUCGGCCUUCAUUCGUUGGGAGGCAGAUAAAGGGUAUAAUGUAGCUGACAUUGAUAAAUAACUUAGCAGAGAUAUCGUCGUGCCGCAAUACUAAUACAGGCUAUAAGACAGCAUCACGCGGAUUAGUGAUUGAUAGCCCACUAAGUGGCCGCCAUUUUGGAAUAUGUCAUGGUGAUAUGAAUCUCCCAGCAACCACUCUGUCACAUGAUCCAACCUGUGCAAUCUGAACACCUGAUUGAAAUGGCCAAUUCACAGGGUAGACAAGCCUCCGGGGUAAACUUUAACUGCUCGACGUGCCCAAAACCUAAUUUCAUUUUGUGAGAGUCGAGAUGCAACUUUUGGUGCCAGAUGUCGUAUGGAGUGCCACUUACCUAUACACCCCAGCCGAUCCAACCCUCUUUCGUUUUUCCGUGUUUGGUAAACGAGUACAUGAUUAACUUGGUAUAUUGACGUUUGACUUUUGUCUCACAUCUGUACUGUCAAUUGCUCGAGAGUGUGCUGCUGCGGCUGCAAAAACACACAUUUUUUUUAUUCAAAGGCACUUUGUUGAAAGCACGUCGUAUACAAAGAUCGAUGGGAGCUUUUAACUUGGAUAAACAUUACACCGAGGAAAUGUACACAUGCGAUCGGAAUCUGUGAAAAGAGCGGAGCUUGAGUAGUUUAUCAGUAAUAUGAAGUUAUGAAAGGAGUUGGCUGGUCGUGUUCAUUGCUAGGUGACUGAAGAUAUGCAAACAAGAUCAGUAACGGAUAACGUCGACAGUGAUAGAUCAGCAGAGAUUGCUUUAUCAGCGUUUUGCUUAUGACUGAAAAUCUAACUGGAUCAUCAGACAUUACUGUUUUGAUUGAAAGAAUCGAGUCACUUCGUCAGCACAUAUGGAAAACUGACUGCGAUUGUUACGAGGAGGAUUGGAAAUUAUGUUUUCGCAAAGAAAGAACCAUUGUCGAUCUGUGUCGUCCUCGGCAAUGGGAUUGAACACGUUGUCGGUAACUCCGGCGUUGACGGCACGGAGCGUGAAUUCCUGGGUGCCGUCUACCCGGCCAGAAUCCGCCAGGCCCCGGCAACCAUCUCGCAGCUUCUCCGCUGAAUCCCUGCACGUGAUCCCCCAGACCUUGGACAUCGAGUCGCAGUUCCAGGUCGUCCUGGGGAAGUGUCUCUUCGACAAAGCGGUGCAGAUUGCCGAGGAGGGGCAGCUGGGAUCCGCCCGUGGUUCCCCGGUGAGACCGUACAGUGCUUCACCUUGCAGCUCGCGACCGGGAAGUAGCUACGGGUCAUCAGGAACGAAUUCCCCCAUGCUCGACGACAGAACCACGCUCAAACUCCGCCCGACGCGGUGUACCUCCCCUCUCGUUAAAGGAAGCCGAUCGUUUGAUUCCUACAUCAACAAAGGUUCCAUCGACCAACUUGCCGUGGCCAAGACACGAGGAACCAUCGAGUCUCCCAAACCCAGCAUCUACCGCUACCUGCGUCGAGUCAAGACCGCCUCGGAUCAAAACCUGAACGAUUUCUCGCUCAAGGCCGAAUUCACGGACAAAGUAAGGGAGGGCGAUCGAGAGCAGUACUGGAGGAGGAAAAAGGAGGAGAAGAUCAUCGAAGAAGAGACGAGGGAGAGGAAAAGAACAGAAAAAGCCGAGAUGAUGAUCAUCCUGGAAGACAUGAAGAAGGACUACGAGGAGAGGAAAGUGAAAGAAGCUCUGGAACUCCAGAGACUUCAGCUGGAGGCCGAGAGAAUUGCCAAAGAGAAAAAGGAGCAGGAACUCGCACUGUUGGAAAACACUGAGAAUCAAAUCAACGCGGAUGACAUCUCGGUGGUCUCAAGCAGCUCCAAGAGCAGCAAAAAGAGAUCCUCGAAGAAAGGAAAAGCUUCCAAGAAAGAUAAGACCUCAAGGAAGGCGAAAAGUGCCAGGAAAUCCGCCAAGAAGAAAUCAUCAGUAGCCCCAUCGCCCUCGGAUGCGGAAGGUGAUAGAUCGGGGAGUAACACUCCUCAGCCGAUCCUUAAGUCUGACGAGCGGAGACCGAGCGAUGACGGUAGCGGGGAAACCGGGCAAGGGAAGCGGGUGACCUUCCGGGAAAAGCUAGUGAGUACCCGAACUAUCAGGCCGCACAAGCCAGUCGCUUCUCGGAAAGCGUCUCCCAAGAGACCCUUCCCCGGAUCCUCGUCCUCAGAAUCCCGCUCCACCUCACCAACGCCCGGUGGAAGGAAGAAAAAACCUGGAAGCUCGAAGGGCAAACGCGGCACGAAGAAGGGGACCAAGAAAAAGGCGAUAGAACCGACGCCACCGGUUGAACCGCCUCCGGAACUAGAACGACCGGUUCCAGAACCUCCCCCUCCGGAACCAGUUGUGGAACCAGAGCCGGAAGAACCCAAGGAAUCGGAGGUGAUCAUUGUAGAAGAACCGCCGGAGUUCUGUCCGGCGGCUGAGUACAGGACUCGUAAACAGAUGGUGGAGGAGUGGCUGUACUACCGAAGUAGUUCAGCAGCAUUUCGUGCCAAUCCACCCAUCUUAUGACAUCGUUAUAGCUAACUUCAAUGACAGCCACGUUGGAUAUGAAAUCACGAUAACAUUGUCAUCUGCCUUUUCAGUGCCACAAACUUUAAUUGUUCGACCUUUUGGCGAACGGUUUUCGUAUUUGAAACUACAAAUGUAUUUCAAAUAGUCCAUAGGCAAUUAUACCUUGGUGCUACCUGUUAAAAGUUCGACUAUAAAUUUAGCAAAUACAUGUACAUGUUUUAAAUUUUGAAUUUAAACACAAUGCUUCAAAUUGCCAGUGCUUUAAGCAUUCCUUUAUUUUCAUGGAAGAAAUCUAAAACAUGUACAUGUACAAUCAAUUAACUGAGGCACUAAUUGCCAACAGUCUUUCGUCACGGCUCAUUUGUGAUGUACUUUUUGUAUUUUAGUCAAAUACCGCUCUCUCUUUAAAAUGCAGUCAGAUUCGACAGGCAAGCAGUUGAUGAAAAGGAAAUCAGUCGCACUUGCUUGAAGAUGUUUAAAUGCACUGUGUGUGAUAUUGUACUAAAGUCGAAACAAAAUGGUAAUAAUAAGGACAAAAGAUCAUUAAGAAAUUUUAAGUCGCCAAAACCCCCAAUUAAGAUUGGUAAUUUGUAUUUAAAGGGUUCACACGAUAAAAUUUUCUGAGGAACACAUUGUGUGCAACUUAAA